AUGGCCAUGGGACUCCAGGUGUCUCUUCAAGGACUCUCAGGGCUGCUGCUCCUGCUCUGUGCCCUGCCCUGGGCUGAGGGUGGGAAGGUGCUGGUGAUUCCCAUGGAGGGCAGCCACUGGCUGAGCAUGAGGACCAUUGUGAGGGAGCUCCAUGCCCGAGGCCACGAGACUGUGGUCCUGGCUCCAGAUGCGUCUGUAUACAUCAAAGCAGAGGAUUUCUUCACCCUGAAGACCUAUGCUGUUCCAUACACCAAGGAGGAAUAUGCACAUCACUUGCUAAGCCUCCUUCAAAUGUUCUUUGAAACCGAAUAUUCUGUCAUGAUGGUAUUAAACAAUAUGGAACUUAUGAAAAACAUAUCAACGUUCUACCAGAGAACUUGUACGAGUCUGUUGUACAACAAAGGCCUUGUCCAGCAUCUGAACUCCAGUUCCUUCGAAGUGGUGUUAACAGACCCUGCAAAUCUCUGUGGGGCACUUGUGGCGAAAUAUUUGAAUAUUCCUGCUGUGUUUCUUCUGCGCUUCAUUCCUUCUGAGGUUGACUUUGAGGCUGCCCAGUGUCCAAGCCCUCUCUCAUAUGUUCCAAGGUUACUCACAAGGAAUUCAGACCACAUGAGCUUCCUGGAGAGAGUCAAGAACAUUCUCUACCCUCUGCCGUUCAAGAUCAUUUUCCGCUUCUCUUUUGCUUUCUAUGAGAGCCUGGCCUCAGAGCUUUUGCAGAGAGAGAUGUCCCUCAUGGAGGUUCUAGGCCAUGCAUCCAUAUGGCUCUUCAGGUUCGACUUUGUGUUCGACUACCCCAGGCCCAUCAUGCCCAAUAUGUUCUUCAUCGGGGGAAUGAACUGUGUCCUCAGAAAACCACUCUCUCAGGUCUGUAUUAGGCCUCUAUCCAAAGCCUGCUCCACCAAUAUAGCUUUGUAA